GGUGUAUCUGCAGCACAUACAAGACUGGAGUGUGGUAAAAUUUUUUGUGGUGCCAACUUUUUCUUUUUCUUAUUUCUUGAAUUUUGCGUAGAAAUCUGUUGCAGCAGCAUUUUCAUGGCUUCUCAGGGCCUCCAGAUCUUGGGUGUUUUACUGGCCUUCUUUGGUUGGCUGGGCGCCAUCAUCACCUGCAGUUUGCCCAUGUGGAGAGUCACCGCUUUCGUGGGGGCAAAUAUCGUCACAGCCCAGGUGAUCUGGGAAGGCUUGUGGAUGAGCUGUGUGGUCCAGAGCACGGGGCAAAUGCAGUGUAAGAUGUACGACUCCAUGCUGGCUCUGCCUCAGGACCUGCAGACUGCCAGGGCCAUGGUGAUCAUCUCUGUGAUUGUUGGGAUAUUCGGCAUCCUCAUGGCUGUGAUCGGAGGAAAAUGCACCAACUGCAUGGAGGAUGACGUGGCCAAAGCUAAAACCUGCAUCGUGGCUGGAGUGAUAUUCAUAAUAACUGCCUUGCUGAUCUUGAUUCCUGUAUCGUGGUCAGCUCAUGCAGUAAUCAGCGACUUUUAUAACCCCCUAGUGGUUGAGGCUCAAAGAAGGGAGCUUGGAUCUUCACUUUACAUAGGCUGGUGCUCUGCUGCGGUGCUGCUGAUGGGAGGUGGUCUUCUCUGCAGCAGCUGUCCCCCAAAAGUUGGUGGCAGACCCUACAUACCUGCCAAAUUCACACCUGUAAGAAGCAUAUCUUCAAAUGUUGACUAUGUGUGA